AGAGGAAACCCAGCUCUUGAUCUCUCCACCACCGAAACUCACGCUGGAAACUCCGAACCCCUCAGCGUCUGCGUUCGACUUCUGGUAACAACAAAACGCAAACCCCCACCAGAGCAUCCAAUGUCACCUGCCUGAGAGCCGACCUGAAUUGGCCCUGCUCUACUGGGCAGUGAAAUAAUCAAGAAAUAAAAUCAAAUAUGGCCGACAAAACGCCCGCGGCUGCGCAAGCGCAGACCAAUCCACGCGGAAUUCCAGUCGCUCCCUUCGUCGACAAUGUGUCAGAUUACGUCUCGUCUCGCGCGGACGUCGAGCCCACACUCCGCUCGUUCCAGGAAAUGAUUGCAAAGUAUCAGUUCAUGGAAGUAAACACGCAGCGACGGGCAGCGGGGUUACGGGAAAAGAUUCCGGAUAUCAAGAAGACAUCAGAGACUGUGAAGUUCUUGAAGUUGCGCAGGAAGGCUGGAUCAGAAGAACCUCUCCUUACCAACUUCGAGCUCAACGACACCCUCUAUGCUCGCGCGACUGUCUCCCCUGCCGACACUGAAGAGGUGUAUCUCUGGCUUGGUGCCAACGUGAUGCUGGCAUACCCACUUGAUGAGGCUGAGACUAUGCUGGAAGAGAAGCUCCGUGCCGCAGAGUCAAGCUUGAAGAACUGCGAGGAGGAUUUGGAGUUCCUGAGGGAACAGAUCACGACCCUUGAAGUUGCGACCGCGCGCGUAUAUAAUUGGGAUGUCGUACAGAGACGGAAAGAGAAAGCAGAAGGCAAGGGCGGAGACGAUGAAGAUGUUAAGGCUGGUCCGGCCGGUUAGUAGUCGGAUUUGAGAACAGGAAAUUUCAAAUUAGCAGUUUUAAGGCAGCUCCGUUUUGGGGGAGGACGAAUAGCGAUCCUGAUCUAUGGUUUUAUAGAAAAGUAGUCGGUUUUCUUAAAAAUCAACCUUUACGAAAUACUUUAACCUUUAGCCCUGUGUGCGUCAGGCAAGCAGGGUAGUUAUUAUUAUGAUCUCCUAUUUAUACGUCCAGUCUAUGUGGUCUGGAUUCG